AUGCCUCCAGUACCGCCUCCCGAUGAUCAACCAACUAAACCAAAGUCCGCACUGGACAUUGUGGUUAAUCAAUUAGUUAGAGCGUCUGUAGGAGGUAAUAUUCCGUCAUCCCUUAGUGAUGACGAUUUGGACAAGUAUGUUGCAGACUUAAUAAUGAAAGAGGCUUCUGCAAAAAACAAUUUGUACAGUAAGGAAGGACUUAGAGCGUAUUUACCUGAUACUGGAACGGCUCCUUGUAAUCUUCCAAAGACGAAUAAACGUUUCUUACUUAAUGUAAUAAAGAGCGUAGAUGGUCAUAAUCAAGCCUUAGUCAAAAAGUCUGAAGAGGAUGCCGCUGCUGCCCAAGUUCUCGAAGGGAUAAAUCAAGGUAUGCCGACCAUUUUAGUAGUAGUAGAUACAGUGAUUCUGAUUACAGUGAAGAAGAAAUUUCUAGGUCAAGAAGGCGAAGAAGUCGACAUAGAGAUUACGAAAGUAGACGAAAGUAAAUGUGAUGAGAAUAACAAUGAUAUGGAUAAUUGUGAUAUGAGUAACAGUGAUAUGUCAAUUUCUCCAAUAUCAAUGUCUCCAAAGAUUAACUUUUGCUCAGCAUCAGAAUUAGUUAAAAGUAAUCCUCCAGCGCCUAUUAUACGCAAAAAAGGCCGUGGUGAAGUUAGUGAUGGUUCUAAAAUGGAUAAAUAUUUUGAAAAAGACUAUGAUCCCAUGUACGAUUUUGAACGUUUUAGUUGGCUCAAUUAUGUUGCUGUCAAUAAAAAAGUAUCAACCAAGACUGAAGACUUACCAAUCCUACCUAUUAUUUCUGAGGAAGUCGAAAAAGUUGAAAAGAAAAAGAAAAAAAAGCGUCAUAAAGAAAAAUCUAAAAAACAUCGUAAAUCUAGAAAAUCAAAAAAGAAGCCUAAGGAUGAAGUCGUACGUGAAUGGGAUAUGCCAAAAUUAACUGGUUGUUGGGAUCUCGAGAGUUUAACAAAAACAAAAACUGAUGCUAUUUAUGAUGGAGUACGUGAAUGGGAUAAACCUAAAUUAGCUUCCGGAUCUUGGGAUCCUGAAAGUGUAAGGUCCAAAGAUGAUGAAAAAAAAUCAGUUUAUGAUGGUGUGCGUGAAUGGGAUAAACCUAAAUUAGCAUCUGGUUCUUGGGAUCCUGAAGACAGUAGUGAAUAG